AUGGAAUCUAAGAUUGUGGGCGGAUCUAAUGCAGAUAUAAGAAAUUUUCCGCACGCAGUAUUUCUAGAAGUAUCAUGCGGUAUAAGUACUUGGAUUUGUGGCUCUUCUGUGCUGAACCAGAGAAUUUUAUUAUCAGCAGCACAUUGCUUCGAGGAAUGUCCAACCACACUAUAUAGUGAUAAUAGUAUAAUAUACGCAUUUGGAGGAAAUGAAGAUUAUACGAAACAGCAAUCCAUUGUUAGGAAUGUCGCCAAUAUACUGCUUCACGAGAAUUACGACGUAAUGACCGUGGAAAACGAUAUCGCGCUAGCCAAAAUAGACAGACAAUUUCCCCUUAAUGAUUUUAUUAAAAGGGUGAUAAUUUCGAGCAGAUUUCCUAGUGACAGAGAAGCAAAGGUCGCUGGAUGGGGCAUCAUCGAGGAAGUAUCGCAUCGAUCAAUUCCUAAAUUACGAUAUGUAACUCAAAGGCUAACAUCGAGAUACACAUGCUCACUGGUGGGAGGCGGUAUUACAAAAGGCAUGUUCUGCGCGGGUGGCACCAAUCCAAAGGUUCCUCAUCCAUCAUCGGGCGAUUCUGGUAGUGCACUGAUCACUUCGCAAUUCAUCGAUAUCGGAAUUGUAUCCUUCAGAGAUAGAAAUAUGCACGCGCUGGUGGUCUACACAAAUGUCACCUACUACAAGGACUGGAUACAAUCUAAUGCCAAAAGAUUAGUCUGUGACUAA